AUGGGUUGGGAAGCACAGGUAAAAUAUUUUGGUAACCACCCUGAUUAUCAAGUUUGCGUUUUUGAUAAUCGUGGUGUUGGAUGGUCAGAUGCACCUCUGGAUUAUAUCGAUGUAGUUGAAUUAUUAGAACAUUUAGGUUGGACAGAAAAUAUCCAUGUAAUUGGUGUUUCAAUGGGUGGAAUGAUUGCUCAAGAAUUAGCUUUAGCUAAACCUCAAUAUAUAAAAUCUUUAUGUUUAACUUCUUCUUCUGCUGGUGGAAGUUUGAUGCCGCCCAGAGAUCCUAAAAAGAGAAUUAAGAUUACUCUAAAAUUAAUUUAUCCUCAGGAACUUUUAGAAACUCCUGCUCCUGAAGGUUCACCUCAUAAGACUUAUGAAGAUAUUUUCACUGAGCAACCAAUGAAAGGCGUGAUUGGACAUAUAUCUGCACUUUCCCGUCAUCACGUUUCUGCCAGUAAACUUGAACAAAUCAAAAAUACCAUUUCACAUAUCUUGGUGGUAACAGGUACAAAUGAUAACCUUACGAAACCUGAAAAUAGUUUUUAUUUAGCCAAACAUUUGGGUGUUGAUGUGGAAUGCUGGGAAGGUAGUGGGCAUGCAUUGUGUAGUGAACAACCUAAAAGAUAUAAUGAAAUGCUAGAAAGACAUUUCAGAAAUGCUUGUGAAAUGGGAAAUGAUUAUGAAGAAGUUAGCAAAUGA